ACGUUUAACGGCGGCGCAGCGCGCUAAUCCCGCCCAAAACCCGAUAUAUAACGGCCCGCGCCUUCCGCAGACGCCAAGAACAGCCUCAGAUUACUCGCACAAAGAUUUAGCUGGCCGCGGGGUCGAACUGAGGCUCUUGAUCGCGAGCGCACACAGGGCGAGCGGACAAGAAAGCUUGCUUUGUGUUCACCGGCGGCACGGGCCCCCUGCGAUGGAAGCCGUCGGCGUCGCUCCUGCGCCCGUGGCGGCGCCGGAGAAGAAGAAGCUGCUUGACCUGAAGGAUCCCUUCCCCGCCGCCGCCAACGGCAGCGCCAAGGCGUCCCCGGCGGGGAAGUGGGCGAUGAAGAAGAAGUUGGUGGGCGGCGAUGCCGGCUACGUGCUCGAGGACGUGCCGCACCUCACGGAUUACAUGCCCCACCUCCCGACAUACCCAAAUCCUCUCCAAGACAAUCCGGCGUAUUCAGUCGUCAAGCAGUAUUUCGUCAACCCGGACGACACCGUCACGCAAAAGAUUGUUGUUCAUAAGACCAGUGCCAGGGGCACCCACUUCCGGCGUGCCGGGCCACGGCAGCGGGUGUAUUUCCAGUCUGAUGAGGUGAACGCCGCCAUUGUCACCUGCGGAGGUCUCUGCCCCGGGUUGAACACGGUCAUCCGCGAGCUUGUUUGCGGAUUGUAUGAUAUGUAUGGCGUCACCAGCGUUGUUGGCAUAGAGGGUGGAUACAAGGGUUUCUAUUCUAAAAAUACUGUUCCGCUGACUCCAAAGUCGGUGAACGACAUCCAUAAGAGAGGUGGGACUGUCCUUGGAACUUCAAGAGGAGGACAUGACACCGCCAAAAUUGUUGAUUGUCUUCAGGACCGUGGUAUUAAUCAGGUUUAUAUUAUUGGAGGUGAUGGUACUCAGAAAGGUGCUUCUGUAAUUUAUGAGGAAGUCCGUAGACGGGGCCUCAAAUGUUCUGUUGUUGGUAUCCCAAAGACCAUUGAUAAUGACAUUGCGGUGAUUGACAAGUCGUUUGGAUUUGACACUGCUGUGGAGGAGGCCCAGAGGGCGAUCAAUGCUGCUCAUGUCGAGGCUGAGAGUGCAGAGAAUGGCAUUGGUGUUGUGAAGCUAAUGGGUCGCAACAGUGGUUUUAUUGCAAUGUAUGCUACUCUAGCUAGCCGUGAUGUGGAUUGCUGUUUAAUCCCAGAGUCACCCUUCUACCUUGAAGGGAAGGGAGGACUCCUUGAGUUCAUUGAGAAACGGCUCAAGGACAAUGGUCAUAUGGUCAUUGUGGUGGCUGAGGGUGCUGGACAGGAUCUCAUCGCGAAAAGUAUGAAUUUCGUGGACACUCAAGAUGCUUCAGGAAAUAAGCUGCUUCUGGAUGUUGGCCUUUGGUUAUCCCAGAAGAUAAAGGAUCAUUUCAAGAAGAAGCCCAGCUUCCCAAUAACUCUCAAGUACAUCGACCCGACCUACAUGAUCCGUGCCGUCAGGUCAAAUGCUUCUGACAAUGUCUACUGCACCCUGCUAGCCCACAGCGCCCUCCAUGGUGCCAUGGCGGGGUACACCGGCUUCACCGUCGCUCCAGUCAAUGGCAGACACGCUUACAUCCCGUUCUAUAGGAUCACCGAGAAGCAGAACAAGGUGGUGAUCACGGACCGGAUGUGGGCGAGGGUGCUGUGCUCGACGAACCAGCCCUGCUUCCUGAGCCACGAGGACGUGGAGAACAUGAAGCACGACGACGACGAGCACCACCUGCACAACACGCAGCUCCUGGAAGGCGAGAGCUCGCCGGUGAAGGACGCGUCCAAAUGCAAUGGGACAGUGUGAAGGGCACAAGAAUACGCAAGGAUAUAUAUUAGUAUUAUAAGCAUGUAACUAUAGAUGGGGUUUUUGUCUUUUUCUUUUUAUUUUGCUUUUUGGGUGCUGGCGUUGUAGAGAGUAGCGACCACUACUAUAGAUAGGCUUGGAUAAUGUGAGCAUUUGGUAAUAAUAUAUGCUUCGCUGAAGUAAGCUCAGUUUUGGUUGUGAAUGA